AUGGGUUUCUUUAAAAAGCGUUAUGGUGUUAUGCGGGCCGCUGACAAGUCAGGUCGGCACUUUAUUUGGACUAUCAAAGACUUUUGUAAAUAUGGACCCGGGACCACAUUGGACAGUGCAAACGUCACUUGUUUCACUCAGGUGAAGUUUCACCUCCACAUAGCAAUUACAGAAAAGGGUAAUAUUGGUGUAUACAUGCAUUACAAAAGUGUAGCGAUCCCAAAGUACUCAUACUAUUUUGUCAACAGCGAUGGUGCCUACAUGAGACAACACACUGCCCACACCAUUCCUCCUACUGCCGAACGAUGUGGGCACUGGAACACCUGCCAUCAAAAUGACAUGUUAGAUUUUGUCUGCAGCGAUGGCACGAUAAUUUUGCACCUCCACUUUGAUGAUGAUGUGAUUACACUGGAGCAUCAGAAGUUGCCCUCGGCUGGUAUCGGUACGCUGAAUGUCACGUGGAGCAUUCCGCGUUUCUUCCAACAAGUCCUCAACCCAUUUACUUCAGGAGGAUUUGUGCUGAGUCGCAACCUUAUUUUUAUUAGGCUGGAGGCCAAGCGAGAGACAGGCACCACGGAUGUUGUCGGUGUGUACAAUGUUGACGACGUAAAGGAGUUUGUUUUGUUUGCACUAGGUCGUAACGGCAUCGUACCACCGCACAGUUUGAAGUUAUUGGAUGAGAAAGGUGGAUGUAUUGCUGAGCUGCCCAUGAGCGCAGAAGGCGGGACACGGACUAUAGUGAUUUCCAAAGAGGAGGUACUGAAAGCCAUCGGUCGAACUGGCACAUUGCGUGUUUUUUUUCAACUGCAGGAUGUUGGUAACCCCUUGGAUGCACUUAAUUUUUUGAGUUGUGCGGCGCAGCAACGACACGCGGGGUCGGGGGAGGGUGAUAGCAGUCUGGAGGAACCACUGGAAAUGGUAAGAGUGGGCAAUAAGAAGGAAACCUACGUAGUAAUGGACGAGCGCCACGAGCAACACCGACUGGCAACCUAG